AUGCAUCUGUCUGACGACAGCGGCGCACCCGCGCAAGAAGGCGGAGGCGCCGCCCUGUCUCCGCGCGCCCUGGCGCCCCCCGCGCCCGCGGGGCUCGAGGCCGACGCGCUCGCCUCUCAGCGCGCGCGCGACGAGGCGCUUUCCAAGGCGAAACUCGAGAGAGAAGAGAGGGACGAGAGGGACGAGGAAGACCAUCAAGAAGUCAAAUCGGAGCCAGCAGACGAGCCUGACGAUCGCCCGCAUCAAGAGCUGCAAGUCACCGCCGACUACACCCUGAUAUCUAGAGGCCUCGUCAACAUGAGCCACGUGCAGCUGGAGGCCUCGCGGGCGCCUGAGGAGCUCCCCGCGCCAGAAGUCGGCGACUGGGUGGAGUCGAAGGCAGCGCACCAAGACGCGCAGAUCUUCAGAGCAAAAGUCGUGGAGAGGCGCAGGUGCCCGCACAACAUCUGGAUCUUCCGCCUCCGCUCGCCCGACAUGGCCUCGACAUACGUCGAGCCGCUCAAGCACGUCCGUAAGGACAGCGUCUGGUCGCUCGCGCGCGAAAUGGAUUUAGCUCGAGGGCGGAAGACGCGCCGGGUAUCGCAGCAGCCGCGGCGCACGAGCUCUACGCCGACUGCCGCGGGUUGCUCGCAGGGCCGCCACGCCUCCGCGCGGACCUCUUGUUCGCCCUCGCGCGUCUCAACCACCGACGAAGCCCCGAGCGCUGUCGCCGCGGAGACGCACUCGGUCUCUGCGGAGGCGAGUGUGAGCGCCCAGGCCUCCACUGCACGAGACCCUUCGCUGGCGCCCGCCGGCAACGGCAAAGAUGCGGACGCCUCCACCUCUGCGUGGACUCAGCCGCAGGUGCGGCGUCUCUCGGAACCGGGGAUUGCGGAGGAAGCGAGGCUGGCGCCGGCGCUGCUUGGCGCGUCGCUCUUCGCCGCGGAGGCGGACGCGGAGUUCGCGUCGCGCGCAGAGGAUCGGCGGCGGAAAACUACGGGCGCCGACGGCGUAGAGCGCGGCGGCACCCACACGCCGCUGGCGAGCGUCUGCGCAGGCCCUUCGUUUCUGCUGCCCGCGGCCGCGGCAGCUGCGAACGAAGCGGAUGGCGCCGCUGCGCGACGAUCGGAGGGCAGCCCCUCGUCGCGUCUCGCGUUACCGCGGCGAUCGUUGCCGGCGUAUUACCACCUGGAGAAGAUUCUGAAGCGCACAAACCUCGCGCUGCCUCCGCCCCAGCUCUCCUCCGCGGCGCUCGGCACCACCUGCGUGCGCAGCCCGACGGCGCGGAAGAGCGACUACGGGGGUGCCGUUUCGUCGUCCGCUUCGCCGACCGAUGCCUCGAAAAAGAGCCUCGAGCGCAGAGCAGACGCAACGCAAGGCGACGCCGCAGGCUCUCACCAGCCGCGGAAGCUCUCUCUCGACGCAUGCCGCGCGCCGCUCCGCGCAGGGGCGGGAGUCAAAGCCGACGGUGCAGAAGCAGAGGCGGCUGACAUCAGAGACGCAUCCCCUGUCUCGUCGUCGAGCAAAAAGUGCCGAGUCAUGAGUGCGCAGGCGCCCGCGGAGCGUCUCGCCCCGCCCUCUGCCCCUCGGGGUGGACAUACACCGGACGACGGAGAGACGGCGAGCGAAUCUCACAAGAAGAGUCCGCUGCACGCCACGACGAAGGAAGCGGAAGCAUCUCUCGCGCCCUCCCUCCUCGAGCAGAAAGCGAGAGACGAGAAGACCGGGAAGAGUGCCUUCGGCGGAGCGAACGGCGCGCCUCUGGGAUUGGCAUGCGCGCCCGUGUCUCCCUUCAAGCGAGGCAAAGCGCCGCUCCCUAUCUCAGGCAUGCUCGCGAGCUUCUACGCGGCCGACGCCGAGGGACGCUGA